AUGGAGACUGCUAGGCUUUUCAUGUUAGUGUGUGUGAUAUGUAUUGCCAGUUUGAUUCCGACCUUACGAGCCAAUGUUGCGGAGACCACUGAUGAUGGGUAUUGGGUAAAAAUGGCCAACGAAGCUCGUAAACGUACCCUUAUGGCUUAUCAUCCUGAUCCUUAUCAGAUUGUGGACCACUUCCACGAGCGUCAUUACGACAACUCUACUGAUGUUGAGGAGACGGAGGAACACGCUUCCGAGGAAGAGGAAGACAUUGAGAUGAUUUCUAAUCCGACGAACAGCACAAGACGGAGCCUAAGAGGUAGACGUAAAAGAAGAGGAAAAGGAAAAUGGAGCAAGCUAAAGGGACCUUGCACUGCAAGCAACCCCAUCGAUAAAUGCUGGCGUUGCAAUCCUCAUUGGGCUAGGCGUCGCAAGAACCUCGUCAAGUGUGUUCGUGGUUUCGGUUACAAGACCACAGGAGGCAAACGUGGUCGUCUCUACGUGGUCACAAGCAACAGAGAUGAUGACACGGUGAACCCUAGACCCGGAACACUGCGUCACGCUGUGAUUCAGAACGAACCGCUCUGGAUCAUUUUCAAGCACGAUAUGAGCAUUAGGCUGUGCCAAGAGCUAAUGAUUAAUAGUCACAAGACGAUCGAUGCUCGUGGCACUAACGUGCACAUCGCAUAUGGUGCUGGGAUCACGAUGCAGUACGUGCAUAACAUCAUCAUCCAUGGGCUCCACGUCCACCACAUCGUCCAGAGCAGCGGUGGUAUGAUAAGAAACUCUAAUGACCACUUUGGGUUUAGAGGAGAGGCCGAUGGAGAUGGUAUCUCUAUCUUUGGAGCAUCAAACAUUUGGCUUGACCACAUUUCUAUGUCUAAAUGCCAAGAUGGUCUCAUCGACGCUAUAAUGGGCUCCACCGGGAUCACUAUCUCUAACUCUCAUUUCACCCACCACAACGAUGUGAUGUUGCUUGGUGCACAAAAUGACAACCACGAUGACAAGAAGAUGCAAGUCACUGUGGCUUUCAACCACUUUGGUAAAGGACUUGUGCAGAGGAUGCCGAGGAUUCGGUGGGGUUUCGUCCAUGUUGUUAACAAUGACUACACUCAUUGGCAGCUUUACGCUAUCGGGGGUAGCCAAAGUCCUACCAUUCUCAGCCACGGAAACCGUUUCAUCGCUCCUCCUCACAUACAGCAGUACAGAGAGGUGACAAAGAGGGAUUCUGCUCCAGAAUCGGAGUGGAAAAACUGGAAUUGGAGAUCCGAGAAAGACAUUUUCAUGAACAAUGCAUAUUUCAGACAAUCUGGAAACCCAAAGUUCAUGUGUUCACACUCUAGACAACAGAUGAUAAAGCCCAAACAUGGUGUUGCCGUUUCAAAGCUUACCAAAUACGCCGGAGCAUUGGAUUGCCGGGUCGGAAAACCAUGCUAA